CGACUGAUUGUGAUUGUGAUAAUCACGGACCGCGACGCCGGGGUUUUGAAUGUUUAGGUUUUUUGAAUAUUUUGAUGCAGACAUUAUUAUUACUAUACCUAUCUAGAAUUCAUCGUAGAUUCUUGGCAUUAGAUUUUAACAAACUUCAUUCCUACUUGACAAUUCGUCACAGUGUGGUUGCGUUGUAAAACUUAACGUCGGUAGUUCGGUCUCUCGACUAGUAUUAAACGAUCGCGUCCGCCCAGAGUUCGAAUGAGGUAAUAAUAUGAUUUAUGUGURCAUCGCAGUUUAUACAAGACUCAUUGAAUUGGCGUGUUCAACUUAAUAUAUUGUUGUAGUUACGCCAAUCAUGAGUAUGACGUAUGAACAAUUUGUCGAGUACGCUACGGAUUUAAAAAAUCAUUCGGAUUCAAUAGAUGACGGUUGGAAUAUAUGUCAAUACCAAUGUCCAAUGAAUGGAAGUUUCAUCAAUUAUCUAGUUAAAAAGGAGAUACAAAAAAGGAAUAAUUCUACAUUGAAAUCUGAACACUCAGAUUCUCCUACAGAAGACAAUAUUCCUAUUGUUUGUGAGUAUCACAUACUGUACAAUCUAAGUUAUUCGUGCCCAGAUGUGUUCUUUAAUAUGUGGAAUACUGAUGGGAAAUUACUUUCAUUAGAACAUGUAUGGUCUUUAGUUCAUUCUUUUUUAAAACAAACUGUAAUCCAUGACAAAUGGAAUGUUAUAACUCAAGAGAUGCAUCCAUUUUUCAAUACACCAUUUUUCAGAUUACAUCCUUGUAAGAAUACUCAUGUUUUGGAAAUGUUAGAUUUUUCUUCAAAAAAUAAUUUUGAGUUCAAUCCCCUAAUAUCAUGGUUAAGUACUAUAAGUCCUCUCAUUGGUUUGGAAAUACACCUAUCAUAUGGAAAAAAAUACUCAAAAAAAUGUUCAUAAUUUGUAUUGAUUUUAAUUUAAUUUUAUAUUAGUCAUUUUAAUAAUUAUUCAUGAAAUAUUAAAUUGUAUUUUAUUAGACUGAAUAUUAAUCAUAGAUUCAACCAGAGAGCUUGAAGCAAAUUUGAUUCAAUACAUGACAUAAAAUAUAUACUAUUUGAGGGGUCAAAAAUCUAUAACACAGGUGGCACAUUUGAACAACACUCAAAAAUAUGUUAAUUUCACUCUUCAAUCUUACAUACAAUCAAAAUUGAAGUAUGUGUUGAUGAAUGUUGAGUACAGUAUAAUAUAAAAAUUG